AUGGAUUGGCAAGCAACUAAUGCUGAAACGUUACCACCUCAAUUUUACUGGAAGUCCGUACUCCCUAACUCUCCAAUUCCAAAAGCCAUAACUAAUUUGUUGCCCAACUCUCCAAUGUCAAAAGCCAUCACUAAUAUCCUACUCCCUGGUGUAGAUGUAAUGUCUGUAGAGUUACCUAAUGCAUUUUCUUACCAUCAUGCUACAAAUGAGGUUGCUGUAAAGUCUGCGGAAUCAUCUAAUGCAUUUUCUUACUAUCAUGCUGCAAGUAAGACUAAUCUAAAUUCUAGAGAAACACCUAAUGCAUUUUCUUACUAUGCUGCUAGUGAGCCUGAUGUAAAUUCCGGAGAAUUAUCCAAUGCAUUUUCUUACCAUCAUGCUGCAAGUAAGACUAAUCUAAAUUCUAGAGAACCACCUAAUGCAUUUUCUUACUAUGCUGCUAGUGAGCCUGAUGUAAAUUCCGGAGAAUUAUCCAAUGCAUUUUCUUACCAUCAUGAUGCAAGUAAGCCAGAUGUAAAUUCCGAAGAAUUAUCUAAUGCAUUUUCUUACCAUCAUGCUGCUAGUGAGCCUGAUGUAAAUUCCGGAGAAUUAUCCAAUGCAUUUUCUUACCAUCAUGAUGCAAGUAAACCAGAUGUAAAUUCCGAAGAAUUAUCUAAUGCAUUUUCUUACAAUCAUGCUGCUAGUGAGUCUGAUGUAAAUUCAAGAGAAUUAUCUAAUGCAUUUUCUUACCAUCAUGCUGCAAAUGAGGCUGGUGUGAAGUCUGCAGAAUUACCAAAUGCAUUUUCUUUCCAUCAUACUGCAAGUAAGCCUGAUGUAAGUUCCGAACAAUUACCUAAUGCAUUUUCUUACCAUCAUGCUGCAAGUAAGCCUGAUGCAAGUUCUGGAGAAUUAUCUAAUAAUUACCAAAUGCAUUCUUACCAUCAUGCUGCAAGUAAGCCUGAUGUAAAUUCUAAAGAAUUACCUAACGGGUUUGGUUACCAUCAUGCGGCAAGUGAGACUGGUGUGAAGUCCGAAGAAUCACCUAAUGGGUUCGGUUACCAUCAUUCUGCAAGUGAGGCUAAUUUAAAUUCUCGAAAAUUACCUAAUGGAUUUGGUUACCAUCAUGUUGCAGGCGAGACUCAAUUGCAUCAUAAACCACAUGCAACAAUCUUCUUUUUUGAAAAGGAAUUGCACCAUGGGACAAAAUCAUACAUUAGAUUUGCCAAAACCAAUCCAAAUAAUGAAGCAAAAUUCUUGCCUAGAGAAGUUGCUAGUUCAAUACCUUUUUCAUCAAAAAAGUUGGAAUACAUACUCAAUAAGCUGAACAUCAAGAAAGGGACAAAGGGUGCUCACAUUGUGAACAACACAAUCACUGACUGUGAAGUGGAUAGCAUCAAAGGAGAAGAAAAACUUUGUGUAACAUCAUUGGAGUCUAUGAUUGAUUUCUCUAUUUCUAAAAUUGGGAAAAAUCUUGAGGCUGUUUCGACAGAAAUGUAUAAAGAGAGUGACUUUCAGCAAUAUAAAAUAAUAACACAAGGAGUGAAGAGGUUGGGGGAGAAGAACAAAGUUGUUGUGUGCCACAAACAGAAUUACCCUUACGCAGUAUUUUUCUGUCACACAACAGAUACAACUAAAGUUUACUCAGUGCCUUUAGAGGGUGUUGAUGGAAGCAGAGUUAAAGCUAUUGUCGUGUGUCACACUGAUACAUCGCAAUGGAACCCAAAACAUUUUGCAUUUUUAGAACUCAAAGUUAAAGUUGGAACUGCUCCAAUUUGCCACCUACUACCUCAGGAUCAUGUUGCUUGGAUUGCCAAGUAGAACAACUCUUUUUUCCGCUUCAACAUUUAGGUAACAUUUAGGUGUGUUGUGUUUUCUUAUGAUGUAUGGUUACAAGUGUGUUAUUUGUUUUACUUUGAUGUCUUUACUAUGAGGUAUUACACUUGUGCUAAAUAAAGUUGCUUUCAUGUUAUGGCUCAA